AAAAACACAUAUUGUCCUUCUGGGAAAAUGCCAUAUUCAUCAUUCAAAGAACCUAAACUACUGAUCUUACAUGGAGAGAUCCAAUACCUGCAAACUAAUCUCUUUUUCAUCACUUUCAAACUCAAAACUCUAACCCCAUCUCUUCCCUAACCUUAAAACUACUGAAAAAAGAAUCUAAAAUGCUGUUCUUUGUCUAAAGUUUAAACUUUUUUUUUUUUCAUUUCUUUUUCACUUCCUUCUUUGUUUUAAAAACCCUUUUGACAGCUCAAUAAAUACAGUUUAGAAUUUCAUUAACAGAUCGAGUCACUGUAAGUCUGAAACUGUUGAAAUCUGAUUCAGGACGUUUGUGUUGCUGGAAGUUGAUAUAUUGUCAUCAUGAUCAAACAAAUUCUAAGAAAACUUCCACGCAAGUCGCAAAAAUCUGACUUGUUAGAUUCGGCUGGAAAUGAUUCAGACAACCAUGCUUCUAACUCGGAUGAUGGAGUUCAAUGUACAAAUUUUGGGAAUAAAAUAUCAAGUCGAUUACGUGUGGUUAAACGGGUGUCCUCAGCUGUUUUUCCUGCUAGCAUUAUGGCUGGAGUGGAGGCAGUUGAGCCAAAUCUGUCUUUCAAUAAUGUUUCAAAUCCACAGAAACCGAACCUGUUUAUCAGUAAAUUGAACCUCUGCUGCGAGGCUUGUAAUUCUAGUGAUCCUGAUAAAGGUACUGCCGAGCAAGAUCUUAAACGUCGAACACUGAUAGAGCUUGUUGAUUUUGUUUCUUCAGGGUCUGCAAAGUUCAAUGAAGCAGCAAUUGCUGCAAUGUGUAAAAUGUGUGCUAUUAACCUGUUCCGAGUUUUUCCACCUAAAUAUCGGUCCAAUACCGCUAGUGGUGAAGCUGACGAUGAAGAACCAAUGUUUGAUCCUGCCUGGUCCAAUUUACAACUCGUGUAUGAUCUAUUUCUUCAGUUUAUCGGUUACAGUUCUCUUGAUGCAAAGGUCGCAAAAAAGUACAUAGAUCAGCCUUUUAUUUUGAGAUUACUUGACCUAUUUGAGUCCGAGGAUCCCCGAGAAAGAGACUGUUUGAAAACAAUCCUGCAUAGGAUUUAUGGGAAAUUCACGGUGCACAGGCCCUUUGUACGAAAAGCUGUUAGCAAUAUCAUCUAUACUUACGUUUUUGAAACCGAAAGGCAUAACGGUAUUGCUGAGCUCUUGGAGAUUUUUGGAAGUAUUAUUAGCGGAUUUGCUGUACCAUUGAAGGAGGAGCACAAGAUGUUUCUAUGUCGAGUCCUUAUUCCUCUACACAAACCGAAAUCAGUAGGUGUUUAUCAUCAACAACUUACAUACUGUGUUGUGCAGUUUAUUGAUAAGGACCCGAAGUUAGCUAAUAGUGUGAUUACGGGACUGUUAAAGUACUGGCCGGUUACAAAUAGCCAAAAGGAGUUGAUGUUUAUAAGCGAGUCAGAAGAGAUUUUGGAGAUGAUUAGCAUGACUGAGUUCCAAAAGAUCAUGGUUCCACUGUUCCGGCGUAUUGCGUGCUGCUUAAACAGCUUCCAUUACCAGGUGGCUGAACGAGCCCACAUGCUAUGGAACAAUGAGCACGUCCUUAAUCUUAUCAAGCAUAACCGGCAGGUAAUUUUCCCUCUUAUCUUUCCGGCCCUCGAGCGGAAUUCCCGGAAUCAUUGGCACCAAACUGUGCUUAAUCUGACAAAAAACACGAGAAAAAUGUUGUCUGAGAUUGACGAUGAGCUCACACUUGCCUGUGAGCGUAAGUUGGAGGAAGAAAACUCCCAGUCAAAUGAGGCAUCCGAGAAGAGGAAACUAACAUGGGAACGCCUGGAACUAGCUGCUGGUUUCGAACCUGCAGCUGCUAAUCUUGUUCCUCCUCUAAAACCGGCUACCUGCUCUGUUACCUGUUAAUCAUCGGAGUAACUUUGUCGUGAAAGGAAAAGGUAA